AAAGCAAGCUUUCAUAAGAAACACAAAUUCAAAGUUUGCUACAUAUCAAAAAGCCAAGAUGAGAGGACUGUCAUGAUAAAGAUAGAAUAACCAAACCUCCCUUCAAACUUUUUUAAUUAAAGCAAAGGAAUCAAACUCCUUUUGUUAAUAAUUCCCACUACUAUCUCUUAUCUGAGACUCACUGGCCUCCCUUUAUUCAAGCUAAACCGCAGGUUUUCCUCCUGUUUAGUUGACAUGGCUGAGAAAAGCAAAAUUUUGAUAAUUGGGGGAACCGGGUAUAUUGGCAAAUUCAUAGUGGAGGCAAGCACCAAAGUGGGGCACCCCACCUUUCUAUUGGUCAGGGAGAGAAAAGUUUCAGAUCCCGGAAAGGCAAAGCUGAUAGAGAGUUUCGAGGGCUCUGGAGUAACACUACUUUAUGGUGAUAUCUAUGAUCAUGAGAGCUUGUUGAGGGCGAUCAAGCAAGUUGAUAUUGUGAUCUCCACAGUAGGUACACAACAGCUAGCGGAUCAAGUCAGGAUAAUUGAAGCCAUCAAAGAAGCUGGAAAUGUCAAGACUGAAGAAGCAAGAGAGCUUGAUUGUGACAAUAAAAUGGUGGGUUUCCAGAGAUUCCUUCCAUCAGAGUUUGGCAUGGAUGCAGACCGUGUCCGUGCAGUAGAGCCAGCUGCAAGCAUAUUUAGGAUUAAGGCUAAAAUUCGAAGAGCAAUCGAGGCUGAAGGGAUUCCAUACACGUAUAUCUCAUCCAAUGCCUUUGCAGGGCAUUUCUUGCCAAAUUUAAUGCAGGAAAAUGCCACUGUUCCACCGAGGGACAAGGUAGUCAUACUGGGAGAUGGCAACUCCAAAGCUGUUUUUGUCCAGGAAGAUGACAUAGCAAUGUACACUAUUAAAGCAGCUGAAGAUCCAAGAACCUUGAACAAGAUCCUUUACAUAAGACCGCCUUCCAAUGUUUUGUCUUUCAAUGAAAUAGUCUCCCUAUGGGAGAGGAAAAUUGGUAAGACCCUUGUAAAGAGUUAUGUUCCCGAGGACCAACUUCUUCAGAUCAUUCAAGAGGCGCCUAUUCCCUGGAAUUUCAUUUUGUCAUUCUACCACCCUAUGUUGGUGAAGGGAGAGGCUUCAAAUUUCAAGAUAGAAGCUUGUUUUCCUGUAGAGGCAUCUGAGCUUUAUCCUGAAGUGAAGUAUACUACUGUUGACGCAUACCUGCAUCAGUUUGUCUAAAAUCUUACUAAAAAAUAUGGCGAAUGUAUGCUUGAGAAGAAAUGCAGUACAUGCCUAAGAUAAUGUACUUGAACAGGCUGCAAAGAAUAACUCUGACAAUCAGGCUGAUACAAUCUAAUCAGCCUUAAGUUUCAUUCAUGGAAUUUCUUUAUAUUAAGCCACAUGUGAUAUUGUUUCCAAUGAUAACAAAUCAAUUCAGCAGUCUGUAACAGGUAGCUCCAACUGAAAUAACAUUCAGUAGAGAUUAUAUUAACAAUAAAUUGGGAUGAUGCUUUCUAAUUCC